AUGGCGGGUAUAAAGUUAAGUAAUGUUGGUAUCUUUCGUAAGAAAGAUAAGGAGCUGUACAAGGAUCGUGUUGAAGAAGAAGAUGCAGAUGUUUCUGAUUUUGAAGAUGAGAAGCCAAAAAAGGUAUCAUCAAGAAGGCCUAAGGAAACAAGGUUUACUCAGCAGAGGAUUGGGGCGGUUAAUCUUAUAGUUAAACCUGCUACUGUAAUACCUCUUUAUUUAAUACUGGCAAUAUUUUCAGUUGUUAUUGGGGCAGUAUUAUUUGUAAGUGUUACGAAGGUGGAUGAGUUUAUCAUUUAUUACCAUAAUUGCGCCUCGAAUGCUUCACUUACAGAUUUCCAAGAUAUUCCCAGUGAUCAAUUCUCUUAUUCCUUCCAUAAGGAAGGUUCGUCUGGAUCCAACCCCCAGUGGAAGUAUGUGGAGCCUGAAGAUCCUUCGGAAGAUGGAAGUUGUCGAUUAAGGUUCAGCGUCCCUUAUGAUCUAGAAGGCCCGAUAUAUGUGAGCUAUUUGAUUGAAAAUUUCUACGCUAACCAUAGGAGGUUUGUGCUAUCUUUUAGUGAGGAUCAAAUAAAGGGAUUGAAUGCUUCCUAUGAAGAUGUCCAUGGUUCAGUAGGUAUUAAUUGUAGGCCGCUCAUAAGAAAUGAAGAGGGAAAGCUAUAUUACCCAUGUGGUUUAAUUGCCAAUUCCAUGUUUAAUGACACGUUUCCGUUUUCCCUAACUGGUGUCAAUGGUGCUUCGGACUUUCCAUUAACCAAUAAAGGAAUUAAUUGGCCUGAUGAUAAGAAUCGUUUUAAGAAGACCCAAUAUUCACCCGAUGAUGUUACUCCGCCGCCAUAUUGGAAAAAGCAGUUUCCAGAUGGCUACAAUGAAGAAAACCUUCCCGAUCUCCACGAAUGGGAAGAAUUUCAAAACUGGAUGAGAACAUCUACCUUACCAAAGUUUUCAAAACUAAUUAGACGAAAUGACAACGACACGCUUAGUGCAGGCACAUACGAAAUGGAAAUCGGUCUUCAUUGGCCUGUAGAUGGUUGGAAAGAUGGUAAGAAGGCAGUUUAUAUUACGAAUAGCUCUUCUAUUGGGGGCAAAAAUAAAUUUUUACCAAUAAUCUAUCUGGUGGGAGGUGGCCUAUGCUGUAUCAUAGCUUUAUUUAUUCUCUUCUCAUACGUUUUUGCUAGAAGAAAGAUAGCAGAUUGGAAUUUAUUAUCAUGGAAUAGAACGAAUCAAUAA